AUAUGUUCUCAGUGUGGUUGUAGGCGCAGCAUCAGAAAGAACCUAGCAUCGUCAUCAUCAUCCUCCCUGUAGUCUGAAGAAUAAUAAUAUAAAAAUACUAACAAUACCAACACACGUUUCUCGUCACUUUUAGUUUGCUCAGUUUGUAUCAGGCAACUGGAGGAUGCCUCCAUGAACACAUCAAUAAUUCUUCCGUUCUAAUAUUCAAUUAAAAUACAUAUACUGAAUAUAUCAAAUUAAUUAUUUAAUAAAAUAAUUAUCAAGUGACAAAUUAUUAAUUAAUUUAAAAAAAUUUCAUUCAUUUAUUUAUUUAUUUAUUUAUAAUUAUUUUUAUCAACAUUAUUAGUUUAUAAUAUAAAUUCAGUGAUAAACAGUGAAUAUUAUUAUAAAGUUUUUUUUAUAUUAAUUAAGUUUUUUAUUAUAAAAAAUAAAAGUGAUUUUAAUUUUGAAACAAAAACAUUAUUGAAAAUAAUUAAAACAAUUCAAGUCGCUGUAUUAACAGCGUAAAUGAUAUUUGGAUUUUUUAUUUGGGCGUAUGUCCAUUGAAGUACGAUAUGAAUACAAAAGAAAAAAUAAUUAUCGUGAAAAGAUGACACCAAGAAGACAUGUCCUUGCUGGACUCAAAAGGACAAUUAUUGCAUUUAUUUUACUUGCAAUUAUUAUCCUAGCAAUAACAAGUCAGGAUAGCACAAGUAACAGCAUACACUCAUCUCAAGAAAAAUAUACCUCACAAUCAAUAGAAGAAAAAUUAUAUGAAUUAAAUUCAGUUGCUGAAACUGAAGAACGUCUUGCUGAGAGAAGAAAAUAUUUGACUGAAAAAUGUGCUGAAGCUGAACUUGAUCGUCCUGGAAAUGAUUCAAUUCACAAACCAAAUGCAUGGGAAUUUUUUGUUAAUCGUGAUUAUCAUCUUAUUUGGUGUAAUGUAUUCAAAGCUGCAUCAACUUCCUGGAUUUAUAAUUUUAAUAGACUUGCUGGAUAUAGUACCCAGUUUUUAAAAUCAUCAAAAGCAGUACCAGUGUCUCUUGCACGACAAAGAUAUCCACGACCAACUGCUGAAGAAUUAGCUAAUUAUCUCAAUGACUCAGUGAGUUUUUUAAUUGUAAGACAUCCAUUUGAACGUUUAUUGAGUGCCUACAGAGAUAAACUGGAACAAAGUUUACCAAAUACAUUUCACAGUAAGCUUGGUGUACGAAUUGUUAAUCAGUAUAGAAUUAAAGAUCGUAAAAACAGAAUAAAACAUUCACCAAGAUAUCCAACAUUUGAAGAAUUUGUUAGAUGGUUAUUGUGUGAAUGGCGAGCUGGUAAUGAAUUAGAUAUGCAUUGGACACCUGUUUUACAAUUUUGUACACCAUGUCAAGUUAGAUUUGAUAUUAUUGCCAAGUUUGAAACUCUCCAGGAGGAUCAAAAUUAUUUAAUAAGACAUGUUCAUCUUGAACACAUUAUAAAACCAGAAUGGAAAAAUCCAACAAGAGGUCCACAAACAAGGGAUGUUAUGAAAAAUUAUUUUCAACAAUUAACUAAAGGUCAAAUUGCUGAUCUUUAUGACAUGUUCAAAUAUGACUUUGAGCUAUUUGAUUAUUCACCAAAUGAAUAUUUAGAAAUUGGCAAACAACAACCAGCUCCAAUAGAAUGUAAAAAUGGAAAAAUAUCAUCGCUAUAAUUAUCAUUUAUUUUUUUAAAUAAAUCUUUUUUAAAAAAAUAAUUCGCAAGAAACUUAAUAAACACAACGAACGAUCGAAUGAAUAAAAAAACAACAAAAAAAAAUUGUAUUUACUUAUUCAAGUUUUCCAAAGAUACUUUAAAAUAGUAUUUAAACAAAAAAAAAAUAUAUAAAUAAUCAUUUCCACAUUUUUGGAUGAUUUUUUUAUAUGCUGUGAAUUUGUAGAAGAAAAAAAAAAUAAUAUUAUUAUUCCAAAAAGAAUGAAUGACAUCAUCAUAAUUAAUUUUUAAGUAGAUCAACAAUAAAAAGAGAAUUAAAUUAAUUUAGUAAUUAAUAUCUCGCUAAUUAUGCACAAUAUAAAUGUAAAAAAUUAUUUACAGUUAAUAAGUCAAUAUUUAUAUAACAAAAUAAAUAUUUAUUUAAUUUUUUUUUUGUCCAGUUAUUAAUCAACAAGUAUUUAAUUUGUGAUACUUUAUUUAUUUUUUUUUCAAUUUAAAUAUAUAUAUUUAGACUUUGAUUAUUAUUUUUUGUUGUUCAAUACUUGGAAUAAAAAUUUAAAAAUAAUAAUAAUGCAAUAGUGCCUAAGAAGUGAUCAACCACCUUGUUGAAAUAAUUUUUUACUGAUUGCUUAAUCAUCAACAGCAACAAUGUUAAAUAAAUAAUUAAUUAA